AUGACCGGCGAGAUGUUCAUUCCAGAGUCUCUGGUCCUCCCGAGCGGGGUGAAGGCCCUGUGCGAGGACCAGGCGUUGCGGUCAUCAGUCCUGGCGUCAAUGCCGACCCUGGACGAGGGCGGCCUGGCGGUCCGGCAGCUGGGGGGCGACCCCAACCGCAGGCUCCAGAUCCCUAGCGUCUCACCGGUCCGCCAGCAAUGCACCAACGAGGGUCCCGGGGAGCCGGAGCCCAGAGAUGAUCCGUCAGGGGGACCCGGCCCCCAGCCAGCACCGGGACCCGCCGCGCCGACCCCAGGAGGACCCCCGCCCGAAGCUGCUCCAGAAACUACCGGGCCCAUGGGUCCGGAGCCGGAGGCCUCCACUCUGCCACGACCCGAAGCUGCCGCCCAGGAGGAGGCCGCCAAAGCCGCUGCAGCGAUGGAGACAGCGGCAGCAGCUUCAGACGACGAGGCCGGGCCCUCACCAGCUGAGCCAGCAGCUGAAGGGGCCACUGCCAUGGCGAAGGCUGCAGCGCCAGAGGCAGCAGAGGUGGCGGAGAUCACAGCUCCGGAGGCCGCAGAGGCGGCGGCACCGGAGGCAGCGGAAGCGGCGGAGGCGACGGCACCAGGGGUCGCCGAGUGGGAGAAGCUGGAGGCCGAGCGCCACCGACUCUCCGACUGGGAGGUCCGUCUGGGCGACCGCAUCAACUCUGUCUCCACCCGCUACACCGAGGAGCGCGCCAAGCUCGUGCAGGGGCGCGAGCUUCUGCAGGAAGAGCUGGAGCAAGCUCGCAUCCGGGAGGCGGCAGCGCUCCAACGGGAGAAGGAGGCCGCGCGGCGGGAAGCGGAAGCCCUUAAGGGGUUGAUCGUCGUGGAGGAGAGGAUGGAGGCGGUAGCGGACAGGGAGCGGACCGCCCGAGAGCUGGCGGCCGAAGUCAGGAGGGCGUCGGCAAUCAUCGAGGCGGAAAAGUCCACCCUCGCAGAUUUGGCGGCGGCGGUGGCAAAGAGAGAGGAAGGGCUGGCGGCCCGCGAGGCCGAGGAGGAGCGCGAGGCGGCCCUCCGAGAGAGGGAGGCCAAGGUGGAGGAGCUCCUAGCGGAGCGGGGCGCCAGCACCGAUCGGAUUACGAGAUGGGUUGGCGUGGUGAACCCUCUGCUCGAAUCGCUCGGGGCCAACCCCAUCUGGGUGUCAGGGGCUCCUUCACCCCUCGGCGCCGCACUCCAGGUCCUGGACACCACUGCCGAGCGGGUUCGGGACGUGGAGGCCAACAUCCAGGACCUCCUGGAGACGGAAGGGCGCGAAGUUGCUCGGGGGGUGGCGGAGUACAUUCUCACCAGCUUCCGGAGCCACGACCCCGCCAUCCAGCUGACUCCUGUUCUGGUCGGACCCCUCCGGGCGACGGCGGCCGUCGCGCGGGAAGGAGUCCUAGAAGCGGCGGGCAUGGUCGCAGCUCACCUCCGGCGCCGCCCCGAACCUGCAGAAGGUGGGAGUGCCUCCGGACCGCCAGGGCAGUAG